GGAUCGAGCUAGCUACGGUGGGUUUUGGUUGCAAAUUAAUUAAUUAGUCGUACAUAUAUAUAUAAAUAUUUUGAGAGAUAUGGAAUAUAACAGAAACACGGCAUCACCGCAAAACCCUAACCCUAACCCUAACCAUAACCAUAUCAUCUUCUUCUUCAAUAUCUCUUCGUCUUCUAAACCAUUAUAUGUUUUUAUGAAUAAUGUUUGGUGAUCAUCACCACUACUUUCCCCAAUUCUGUAAUUAUAUUAAUAAUAAUAACUAUAACAUUGCUGCUGCUGAUUCUAGAGCACCACCACCACCACCACCACCACCAUCGUCAUCGCCGCCGCUAAUUCCUGCAGCUAUUUCUGUUCCUCCGUCAUUCUCUUCAUUCUCCGGCGGCGGCGGCGGCCAUGGAUUCGAUCAUCAUCCUCCAUCGGAACUGGUUCUCCUACACAACCAACACCAUAUUAUGACAAAUGUCGUCGGUGGGAAGAACAAGAUCGAUUUGAUUAAUAGCUCCUCCUCCGACAGUGCUGAUGCAGGUUUGGGUCAUCAUCUUCUUCUUCAUCAAGAUCAGCUGGACAGAUCUGUCCCUAAUUGGUCUAAUGAUGAGCUUCUUGCCUUGUUCAAACUCAGAUCUACUCAUUGGGGACAUGUUUCCAGAAAACUGGAGGAGAUGGGAUUCAAACGAAGCGCAAACGAGUGUAAACAAAAACUCGAAGAAGGUAAGCAUUUCGACGGCGCUGCAAUAAGCUACAACGAACUCGAUGAAUUUUACGGACACGAUGCUGCUGCUCGGGUUUCCGAUCACGAAACACGGCCGUGUCGAGACAACACGGGAAAGACCACAGACGCUGCUGCUCGUGUUUCGGAUCAUGAAACACGGCCGUGUCGAGACAACACGGGAAAGACCACAGAUGCUGCUGCUCGUGUUUCGGAUCAUGAAACACGGCCGUGUCGAGACAACACGGGAAAGACCACGGAUGAUGCAGGGAGGCGAGAGAGAAAAAAGAAAAAGAAAAAGAAAAGGAAAAGAGACGACGGCGACGGCGACGGCGGAGGAAAGAAGAUGGAAAGGCUGCGCCGCUGCUUGGAGGCGGUAGUGGACAAGGUAAUGGCGCAGCAGGAGGCUUUCCACGAGAAGCUGAUCGAGGCCAUCGUGAAAAGGGACGAGGAGACGGCGGCGAGGGAAGAGGCGUGGAAGGCCCACGAGAUGAAUCGGAGCAAAAUCGAGAUCGAAACACGGGCUAAGGAUCAAGCCACCGCCGAGGAAAGACACGCCGCCAUCAUCGGAUUCCUCGAGAAGUUCACUCACAAAUCUCAAUUUCAUCAUCAAAUCAUCCCAAACAGUAGCACUAAUUACAGUACCGAUCAUGACGAGCCGCCGCCGCCGCCGCCGCAAGAGGGCGGGAAGCGGUGGCCGAGGGAGGAGGUCCUGGCCCUGAUAAACCAGAGGUGCAAUAAAUACGAGAGUGGAGGGCAGAGAGGUCCUUUGCCUCUGUGGGAGAGAGUGUCGAAGGGGAUGAUGGAGAUGGGCUACAGAAGGAGUGCCAAGAGGUGUAAGGAGAAGUGGGAGAACAUAAACAAGUACUUCAGGAAGACCAGAGAUAAUAGAGAUGGUACCGGGAAGAAGCGGUCCCUCCACUCCCGGACCUGCCCCUACUUUCACCGUUUGACCUGCUUGUACACUGGACUUCAACCCCAACCCGAACUAGAACUACAAGAACCACAGCAAUAGGUAGACCUGGUCCUGGACCUCUGGAAGAGAUUAGAGAUCUUCACCUAAUAAUAACAAUAAUAAUAGUAAUAAAUUGUUGCCUAUGUGGAGGUGGAGAGGGUAGUUUUGUAAUUUCACGAAGAACAAGAUGGAUGACGACGGCGUCGGAGACUGGCGUUGUUUCUACGUCCUUUUAAUUUUGCAUUGAUUG